AUGGAUUUCAAAUUCGCGGCAUCAACUGAAAAGGCUCUGCCCCCUAUCCCGAUCCGUCACGGCUCUCGCCCAUCUCCGGAUUCCGAACAUCACAACUGCCACCAGCCUCAAAACCCUCGUCGUCGUUCGCCGCAGCCAUCAACAUGCACUAGUAUCCCUCCCGCGUCUCCCGAUAUCAUAUCCACCCUAAUCACAAGCCUCGGUGCCAUCCCUCAGCCCACCGACAGUUAUUUUGAGCCACAUUCUGCGACCUUCAACUUUGGGCUGCCAAGUCCCUCGACCCCCUACACAGGCAGCUUCGGAGUUGACUUUGGCGCGUACGCUCGUCCCGAUUCACAAGAAUCGUCCCAGCUCCCGACAUCCCUCAACGACCUCGCAGCGAGCCCUCCCAUUGUUCGCACCUCGAAGCCAACAAGCGGCUAUUCACCCUUGGUUGGUGCCAAGAGUCUCCAGGCUCGAAGUCCCAGCUGUGACAGCGGAGCUGGCUUCCACUCUUUUAUUCACAGCAAUAACAUCAAUUCGCAACCUUCUUCUCCUGGUUCCGUCACGUCCAAGAAUGACGACACCCGAAGUAUUGGAAACUUGUCCGUAGAACGCGGCUCCGGGGCGACGCCAGGGCUGAAGCAUCGCCCAUCACAUGAUAGCUGGGGGAAGAACAGCCGAAACACCAACGGACUCGUGUACUUGAGCCCCAAGGAGCUGCUUCAAGAAAGAGAGCUUGAUCGGAAAAGACUACCGAGAUCGGCUGGCAGCUCAUUUGAUUCCAUUGGUGGUGGAGGACGAGGAGUGGUCGGGCCAAGCAACAUGAGCAAUGGAAUCAGAUCCGACCCUUUACCUGCCGAGACAGCCAUCAGCGAAGAAGUUGCAUCGCACAUUGACGAUCCAAGGCCAAAUAACCAGACAAUGCCAGGUUGUCCGCAAUCUAUCCCCGUGCGUGGUUCUAGUCUGCGGAAGCCGCGACGGCAGCCGCGAAAGCGCUCUGGGGCUCGUCGUCAAAGGCGUGAGAGUGUCAUUCCAGCCGGAGAUGUCAUCUUAGAGACGGAGGAGAAGAGUCUAGAAAGCGAAUCGUCGCCGUCGUUGCCGACAAUGAGGUGGAAGCAUUCUCGCUCAGGAUCGGAUGCACCAGCCCAGGGUUUGUCAUUCUUGCUUGGGCCAGAUGAGCGCCCUACCUCUCCCGUGCCGGCAUCACCCAAGCCGACUCGGGGCGCACACGACAUUGCCAUCAUCUCAAUCGACUUGGAUGACGACGGGGCGCCGUUUCCUGCAGUAUCGCAAUGCCGACAAGAGGAGCGAAGCGUUGAACGCAACAGACACCGACUCUCUGGCCGGUUGAGUCCCGGACCCAAAGAAGCGUUUCGUCUUGGUCGCAGCAACUCUCGUCUUAAACGGCUGUCGGGCCAACUCGGUCCACGCUGCGACUCGAGAGCUAGCCCUGGCCCCUCCUUACCCGAAUCUUCGCAAAGCCAAAAUUUCUUUUCAACGAGCCACGAGCGACCUCCUUCCGCCGACCCAAUCGAUGACGCUGUGGAAUCGUACUUGAGCUCGCCACGCCUCUCCCACAAGGUUCGACAUCCUCAAACUGGACGAGUGAUUUCGUUUUCCGAAGUGGGCGAUGCUAAAGGAUCUGCCGUUUUUUGCUGCGUGGGUAUGGGGUUGACGAGAUAUAUUACAGCCUUUUAUGACGAGUUGGCCUUGACUUUAAAACUACGUUUAAUCACCCCAGAUCGACCUGGCGUUGGGGGCAGCGACCCAUACACGGAUGGGUCGACUACCCCAUUGAGCUGGCCGGAUGACGUUUAUGCCAUUUGCCAAGCGCUGAAAAUCACCAAGUUCUCCAUCCUCGCACACUCAGCAGGCGCGAUAUACGCUCUCGCAACUGCGCUGCGCAUGCCGCAGCACAUAAGGGGCCGCAUCCAUCUCCUGGCUCCCUGGAUACCUCCAUCUCAGAUGAAUGUCUUUGGCGGCUCGCAGACGCUGCCACCCACAAAUGCCAUCCCGACAUCGCAAAAGAUCUUGCGGGCCUUGCCAACGCCGUUACUGAAAGCCGCCAAUAGCAGCUUCAUGACGGCGACAAGCAGUUCCAUCACGAGUUCUUUGCCAAAGAACCCACGACGCACGAAGCGCAAGUCCAACACGCACGGCAGCAAGGACGACACCCACGCAACAAACCGCAAUGUCACCCCGUCGCAGGAGCAGGAAAAUAUCGGCAGCAACAAACCUGAGAGGCAGCAUUCCAGCGACAGCGAAGAGGGAUUGGCGUCUCCGAAAACGAGCCACAUGGACCAGGUUCCGCUGCAGGGAGCUAACGGCCCGAGUGGAAGCACGAGUGUAGCUGAUGCCGUGGGUGACCCCAUGGUUGACCGAGAACGGCGGCUGACUUAUGAUACGCGGUUGACACACGCCAUUUGGGAGCUGGCAACCACAGGGGCUAACCCGGCCGUGGAUCUUCUGGUGUGUCUGGAGCGGCGACACCCGAUUGGCUUCCGUUACGUCGACAUUACGCGGCCGGUGGUGAUACACCACGGCAGCAGAGACACUAGAGUACCCGUUGAGAAUGUCAAGUGGCUCGGCAAGACCAUGCGUCGCUGUGAGGUGCGCGUUUUGGAGGGCGAGGGACACGGCCUGAUGGCGAGCGCGACAGUGAUGGGAUCCGUGCUCAUGGAGAUGAGCAAAGAAUGGGAUGACUGGAUGCGAGUAACUGGUGCUGAUGGACGAAAGGACCGCGAGAGGGGGCGUCGAGGGACGCUGGGCCGUGGAUGA